GUGGACUCGAAAGGAACAAGACGGUUGGGCAGAAACAAGGUGCAGGACCGUCAAAGCCUUCAAAAACAGUGCAAACACAACAACUGAAGACAGAGAAACACAUCUUUGUGUCUUCUAAACACACCAGGAUGGAGAGUGACUCGUGCGAUGAUAGCCAGAGCGACAGUGGAGUUUCAGCAGAUUUCUCGCCGUGCAGCACUUUGGAGGGCAGCACCACCACCUCUACAGCAGCUGUAGCCAAAGAGACCCCCAUCGAGAGGGAGAUCCGACGGGCUAUAGAGCGGGAACACAGCCUGAGAAGGUCCAGAGGGCUUCCGAAUCCACCCACUUCUCCAGAGUAUGUGGAGAUCCCUUUGUGGAAAACUGUUCUCUGCCAGCCAGUGACUGCUAAGACUGAGAGGUGUCAAGGCAAAGAUAGGCAGCUUGCAGGCAAAAAGAUGCAGCAUGAGAUCCACAAGGAGGCCCGGAGGGAACAGGAUCUGGUCAAGCUGGGCAAAGUUCCAGGUUUCUAUGACAAAGGCACGAUACGCCAAGUCAAAGAUAGAAAGCAGCUUUUUGAGGCCUUUCAGACACCCAGUGACUCAACUUUGACUGUGUCAGCCAGGAGUAAGGGCUCAUCCUGGUCCUCUGUCAGUGACAUUUCAACCCUGGAGAACCAGGAGGAUGCGUCAUCACAGGCUUCCACCAUAGGAGGAUCAUAUGUGGAGACGACUCCCACACAGAGCCCAAGUUUAGCCAAAGGAGAGGGGACUCUCCAAGGACCAGGCCUCUCUGAGGGGACAGCCUGUCAGAUCAUCAUCCUGGAGAACAAUCUGAGUGUCCCAGCACAGAAGCUCUACCACGCCAAACCACAGGCACAGUCCGUCACUGUUGUCGACUCCGGAAGUCAUUACAAUUCAUCAUCCAGGACAGAAGGACAUGUUGGGAUUAAAGUGAAGGAGCAGGAGAAAGAGGAGAAUGUGGCACCCAAGGAGAACCCCUUUUUCAAGCUGCGCUCCUCAACAAAUGUAGUUAAAGUGGAGAAGGAUAUCUUGGAGGCUCAAGAGAGGGAGAAGGAGCUCCACAAGCAGAGGAUCAGUCUGUAUGGGGGCACACAGGGUGCAAAAGGAGAAGGAAAGCCAGUCAGCACAGGAGAAAAGUUGUCUUCUUCUUCGCUGAAUGGACUGGCCGGUCCUGACGUACCAAGCUCAUCAUCCAGAGGGGGAAUUAGACCCACAGCAGCACGCCAGUCAGUUGGCAAGUUGGGCAUAUGGCCCCCGGCCCAGGCCGAAGAGGAAAAGAUUAACCAGCCAGAGAGUCCCCGGACCCCCAGACAGAAGACGCCUCUGGUGCAACGCUGGGAGUCAGGCCUGGUCAACGGACACAACAUAGAAGAUGAUUGAGGAGAUGCUGAUGAAGCGAAACUGCAGCAGGGAGGAACGGAAACCGAGACCUGUGGUUUUUUGGAAGUGGAGAUCUGAAUGACUGUGAGAUUAAAAAGAGAAAGCUACGAAGGAAAGUGGGUGCAAAAGAGAGGAGGGAGCAGUGAUGAAGAGAGAAUGUGAAGCGAGAAAGAGGUCAGGGAUUGAGGCUGCAAAGGGGGUCAGGAGGAUUGGGAGCAAGGAAAAGGAUUGGUGGUGGACUGAAAACCCUGAAGAGUCCUACAUUGAGGAGGAGAGAAAUAGAAGGAGGAGGGCCACCUAUUAGUGGAUAAGCACUUGGGCUGUUUCUGGUGCUGGAAAACUAAUGACUAAUGACUGUAAAAUGGCAACAACAACAAAAAAAUCCUAAUAAUAACAAUGCACUGGAGAAAAUAAAAAUGCUAAUUUAGUGAGAAUGGGAUUUUAUAACUUUCAAAAGUUCUUCACCAAUGGAAUUUUUUGGGAGAGUAAAAAUGAAGUCAUUAUUUGUUGAUAAAAAUAAAAACAUUGAGUGGUACUGUAUCUAGCUAAAAAAAACCCUGAUGUGUCAUCCCCAGUGUUAUGCUUUAAUGAUGUCUUACACUGAGUUACUAGUUUAUUACACCUGUACAAUCUAAUGCAAUCCCAUACAAAAGCCAUGCAAUAAAUCUUUGUGUCUGUUCAGUUUUUAUUCAUGCUGUGUCAGAGAGUUGUUGAUUCAACUCUGUGGUCAUUUUGGAGCUUCUAGCUAGAGGUGGGGUUGAAUUUGACUUUAUUAUAAUUCAACCCCAUUUCCAUACAUGCCGGGACAGAAAGUUAGAAACUUCUCAGCAUUAUAAAGUCUAGUGCACUCACAAAAAAUGACCUAAUUCACAAAGAGAAAUUAUUUCAGCACAUUGUUGAGGUUUUCCUAAUAAACUGGUAACUCAGUAUAUAGGCCAGUGACCUGAAUUAUUGCACCGCUUGUAAUCCAUGAAAACAAGAGCUACUUCUUUUGUUCUAUUGCAUGCAUCACUACCGAAAGCUGGAUUAUAGUGCAAUACAGCACAUUCUUAAAAUCGUGUAAAGUUGAUCUGGAUUUCACAGUGUAAUAAUAACUGCUCUGCUUUUUUUAUAAUUGUAACAUUUUUUGAAUGAUGCAAUAAGUAUUUUGGAAUGAAACUUGACAUGCAUAAUUGAGGUGCACUCCUAUUUUCCUUUAUUUUUAUUUUUUGUAUCUGACUGAGGCAGACAUAAUAUAAUGGGAAUACAUGUUGUGUUAUUCUUCUUACUUAUGCACCACAGCAGCCUAUGAGGUAUGAAGUUUAUCGAUAAUCAGUGUAUGGAAAUUGGCACACCCCCAGUUUGGAGAAGCAGGCAGGAGUACUGACACAGAAGCUAAGCAAUGUAGUGCUGUGUUAGUUUUUGCCUUUAGUGAAUCCAAACUAGCUCCAUAAAACAUCGAAAUCACAUUAUAACACAAUCAAAUUAAAUGAUGGAGCAAGGAGCAGACCAGCGACUCCUGUGUUCUGCACAGUAAAGUUAUAGUUUUUGUCAAAGGAGUCUGGUGGCUGUGACAGAAGCAUCAAUUAACUUCCCCCCAUGUAAAUUUAAAAAGGGCUGUCUGACUGCUAGGUAAAAGCACUCUAAAUAGAGUAUACACUUAAACUGAUAUCGACAUUUUUAGUUGGCUUAAAUAUGUUUUACUACUUACUAUGUGCUGUAGGUAAUACACUGACAAUGGAUAAGUACCUCUUAGUAUCAUCUUCAAUGAAUUCAAUCUCUCCCUUUAAGGUAUAUAUAUAUAUAUAUAUGUGUGUGUGUGUGUGUGUGUGUGUGUGAUCUGCUUUACGUUGUUUCUUUAUUUGGGCCCCUGACACUGUCGGCGGUCAGGGAGAAAAUGUAUCACCAUGGAUACAGCUUUGGAAGACGCUGGAAGCUUUGCCAGAAUUAAGCAGCAUAAACGCCACUGUGGACUUUUGUGUGUGUGUGUGUGUGUGUGUGUGUGUGUGUGUAUGUGUGAGAGAGAGAGACAGAGAGAGACAGAGAGAGAUCAGGAGACCACGCUUAAGUGACCUCCCAAUCUUCUGUGAA